CGGAUCUAGGGUCGUCGACAGCCGCUGUCUUUCAGUUUUUAUCCAUCCGUUUUGACCCACGUCCUCCAUCUCUUCCCCUCUUCUCGCGUUUUAGGGUUUUGACUCCUAAACCGCCCCGUCCCACACAGCCAUGGUGCAGCCGCCGCCACCGCAGCAAUGGGCAAUGGCGCCGCCGCCACCGCCACCGCCGCAGUACUACCAAGCGGGGCCUCCUCCGCCGCUCCCCCCGCAGUACUACCAAGCGGGCCCUCCGCCGGCCGCUAUGUGGGGCCAGCCGCCGCCGCAGGCCGCACUGGCGCCGGCGCCGGCACCGGCACCGUCUUGCGGCGGAGCAGGGGACGAGGCGAGAACCCUCUGGAUCGGCGAUCUACAGUACUGGAUGGACGAGAACUACCUCUACAGCUGCUUCUCCCAGGCCGGCGAGGUUAUUUCAGUGAAGAUAAUUCGGAACAAGCAUACUGGGCAACCUGAGGGUUAUGGUUUCAUUGAAUUUAGCAGCCAUGCUUUAGCUGAACAAGUUCUCCAGAAUUAUAACGGCCAAAUGAUGCCUAAUGGUAAUCAAGCAUUCAAAUUGAAUUGGGCUAUGAGUGGGGCUGGUGAGAAACGUGGAGAUGAUGGUUUAGAUUAUACUAUAUUUGUGGGGGACCUGGCCUCGGAUGUUACAGAUUUCAUUCUACAAGAUACGUUCAAGAGCCGUUAUCCAUCAGUUAAGGGUGCAAAAGUUGUAUUUGACAGAAGUACUGGUCACUCAAAAGGAUAUGGAUUUGUUAAGUUUGGAGAUUUGGAUGAACAGACACGUGCAAUGACUGAAAUGAAUGGACAAUACUGUUCUAGCAGGCCCAUGCGCAUUGGACCAGCAUCCAAUUCCAACAAGAAUGCUGUUGGACAGCCACAAGCAUCGAAUGUUGCAUACCAGAGUGCACAAGGAACUGAUCCUGAUAACGAUCCAAAUAACACUACUGUAUUUGUUGGUGGGCUUGACCCAAGUGUGACUGAUGAGCUUCUGAAGCAAACCUUCAGUCCAUAUGGAGAGAUUGUCUAUGUCAAGAUACCUGUAGGAAAGCGCUGCGGGUUUGUCCAAUAUUCUAACAGGGCAUCUGCGGAGGAGGCCAUAAGAAUGCUAAAUGGAAGCCAGUUAGGAGGCCAGAGUGUAAGGCUUUCAUGGGGUCGUAGCCCUGCAAACAAGCAGCCUCAGCAGGACCAGAAUCAAUGGAGUGGUGGUUAUUAUGGUUACCCCCAAGGAUAUGAUCCAUAUGAUUACGCUCGGCCUCCUCAAGAUCCAGCCAUGUAUGCUUAUACGGCAUAUCCAGGAUAUGGAAAUUACCAGCAGCAACCACCGCAGCAGCCCCCACAACAGUAAGUAUACUGGUUGAAUGCUCGAUCGCAAACUGGUGACAAAAUAGUUGGGACGGCAACAUAGGUGCAUUGGCAGGAACAAUUGAGACUGUUGCUUGUGUUAUAUUGCUUCUGCGUCGUUGUACACGCAGCCUGUGUUGUAACUUAAGAUUUUACCGAGGCCUAGAGUGGCACUAGUGUGGGAGCUGUAUGUGGAGGAUUGGAGUGAACAUUUUUUCUGUUGCGCAAGAAGUUGUCGCAUGGAUUUUUGCUAUGUCAUAAGUUCCAUAAAAAAUCCAGCCACUGCUUUGCAAUACCGAACCUCGGCUUUCACCCUUUGAACGCU